AACUGUCGCCUCUGCAGCCCGCAGUACUAAUCCUCUUCCAUUGCUUUCGCAGCGCAACAUGACCCCUUUACCGGCUCCCUGGCCUCCCGAGCCAUAGUCCUCUCACAUGUCAUGUCAAGGCCUCAUCAGCCCGACAAUGUCCGCAAACGCUUUGCAACCUAUAGCACUCGGUCUCUCGGCUGGCUGAGAAGCUUGGAAGCCAGGUUCAUGCACGCAGGCAAAGUGGGAGACAUGCUCGUCUUGCCCCUCGUGGUGGAGCAAGAAGAGGAAAAGGCCGAAGGCAUCGGCGCUGUUGACAGAGUUGCGCCGAGGAGGAAGAGGUCCUCCGAAGUAUCGUCUCGCAGCGCCAAAAGGCGGACGACUGGAUCUACAGGGGCUCCAUCGCCGGGCAAUCCUUCUCCUGCGAGCUCGGGCCCCAAUGCUGACUCAAGCACUAGUGCAGGCAGGGGCUCCGCUUCUGAGUACCCAGACAUCAUGAACAAUGGACUCCAGCUACCACCCAUCUGGAGCAAUACACCUCAAGCAAACAAUGGUUGGUCACCACGCGCGCAAGCACCCAUGUCGUUCAGUCGGACCGGAUCGAACCCUCAGGGAAUUCCAACAGCAGACCUCAAUGCCCUCUUCGGCAGCUCACCAUCGGCUUCUUGGUCCACGGCGACCCCGCCCUCCAAGUCUCUCAACGGCAGCUCGGGUCUUUCGAAUAACGGCAGCAUCAGCAGCGGUCUCACUCCUCUCCCACCUUUCGACAGCUGGCCUCCGCAAAAAGAGGGCGGGAGCGCGGGUGGGGGAGGAGGAAGCGACGCCGCCGCCGUCGGCGGUGGAGCAGCUGAAACUGCGAAUGGACUGACAGCACCUGCUGUUGCAAUGGGUACGGGCAACCUGGACUUUGCGUCGAUGGACUCGGUGGACCUUUCGAGGCUGCUCUUCGAUUUUGAUGUGGUGCCGAAUCUGAACUUCAUGGAGGGAUGGACGUGAGAUUUGGGUUGGUGUUGGCAAAGAGGUGGUGGGAAAGGCAGAAGAGGGAGUGAGACACGCUCGUCGCGAGUUUCCCAAGUGGAAGUCGACGCAGUGCAGGGCAGAAGCGAGGAAACGUGAUCGUGUAUACCCUGGAAGUAGGACUGUACCACCAACGAUUCUGUACCUGUAGUUGAAGUUUUAUCACCUCUCAUUAGGAUUUUACCGUCACCGCCGCUCUACCACCCCUUUGAUUCGAGGGAUGGCUCGACGAGCAGACAAGAGGACCGUCGAGCGUUGGAUCGA